AUGGUUUUGGAUACCUUUCCAUUUAUCUCGCGUCGUUCUGUGGUUUAUGGAACUGACGGAAUGGUUGCUAGCUCACAACCACUUGCGACACAAGCAGGUAUUGAGAUUUUAAAGAAAGGAGGAAAUGCGGCUGAUGCAGCUGUUGCAGUCGCUGCUGCUCUGGGCGUGACAGAAGCGGCUUCAACGGGUAUUGGUGGCGAUGCAUGCUGCUUGUACUAUGAUGCAAAGACUAAAAAGAUUACUGGACUUAAUGGUUCUGGAAGAACACCAGCAGCGCUGACAACAGAGCACGUUUAUAAAGACAUUAAAGAUGGUAAUGUCACGCUUUCCGAAAGCAAUAUUCAUGCAGUUACAGUACCUGGAGCACCAGCGGUAUGGGUGGACACUAUAAAACUCUUUGGUUCAGACAAGUUAGAUAUGGCCACUAUCUUGCAGCCGGCAAUCGAUCUAGCAGAAAACGGUUUUCCUGUAUCACACAUCUCAGCGCAAUUGUGGAAAAAACCAGAGAAGGCACUCAAGGAGUAUAACAGUCCCGAGAACCGCUUACUUAUUGAUGGCGUCCAUGCACCCGCUGAAGGCGAUAUUAUGCAUUUCCCUGACCUUGCAGAAACUUACAAGCUUGUCGCUGAACGAGGCAAUGAUGGAUUUUACAAGGGACGUAUUGCCGAUGCUAUUGUUGAGGCUGUCAAGACUCGUGGAAGCUUGAUGACACACGAAGAUCUUGCUUCAUACACGUCCGAGCUCGUCAAGCCAAUCUCCAUUGACUAUCACGGGUGGACUGUUUGGGAACUGCCGCCGAAUAGUCAAGGUAUCACUGCUCUGAUGGCCCUAGGAAUUAUUCGUGCUUUAGAGGAAGAACAUGGAUUGAACCUUGCCCGAGCCGAGCACAACUCGGCAGAGUACUUGCACGUUAUUGUUGAGGCACUACGUUUGGCGUUCGCUGAUACUCGUCACUACAUUACCGACCCUCAAGUGUUGUCUGUGCCAACUGAAAGGCUUUUGAGCAAAGAAUAUCUGUCGGAGCGUGCUAAAUUGGUCGAUCUGAAAAAGCGAAACGGCAAGAUCAAGAAAGGAUAUCCAGACAAAACGAGUGACACUGUAUAUUUCUCCGUCAUUGAUGGAGAAGGCAAUGCAUGUAGCUUUAUGAGCUCUGUGUUUGCACCUUUUGGUUCUUGUAUCGUCCCCAACAGAUGUGGGUUCCCUUUGCACAACCGAGGAAGCAGUUUUGUACUUAUUGAUGGUCACCCCAAUUGUAUUGGUCCCAAGAAACGACCUUAUCUUACGCUUAUGCCGUCUAUGGUUACUCGCAAAACAUCUUCCGGUGACCAUGACCUUGAGGCGUGCUUUGGCAUCAUGGGUGCGUACAUGCAACCCCAAGGUCAUGUGCAGUAUAUCAUGAAUAUGCUGCAUCUUCUUGCCAACCCCCAGCAUGCCAUUGACCUCCCCAGAAUUUGCGUUGGUCCGCCUAAAGAGAGGGUAGUAGGAUACGUACCUCCUCCUCAUGCCCGUCCUUUCACGGACAUGAGCACCGCCAUUGUAUACGUUGAAGACGGUCUUGCCGCUGAAGCUGUCAAAAAACUAGAAGCUAUGGGACAUACAUGCCAUAUCGUUAAGGGGAAAGCUCGUUCGAUGUUUGGCUAUGGUCAGAUCAUUCGUGUGCAGCAUGACACUUUUACCGGUAAACGCGUCUUAGCCGCUGGUAGCGAUCCUCGCUGUGAUGGUCAAGCUGCAGGCUGGUCAGGCAAUAAUUUGGCAAAGCUUUAAGUAGGCUUCUUAGAUAAAAU